AUGACAACACUUACUCGCCAACUAGAGCAUCGCGGACUCGUUUACAGCGAUGCCGUCAGUGCAAAUGACCACAGCCCGUUCAUAACAGUAGCGAUGGUGCUGUGUCUGACGUGCUCUUGUCUGUUUUACAUCUUCCGCCUUACGACGAGGUGGCCUUUUGCCGAGCUGUUCAGAUGGGACGACGUGCUGAUAACGCUGGCUACUCUAUUUGGGUUUGGUCAGGCGGUUGCCACUGCGUCGUCAAUCGGCAGCGGUCUUGGGCAGCGAGAACACAAUCUUUCCCAAGACGCGCAACGCCAUACAUACUGGACUCUGUGGAUCAGUAACGUCUUGUACAUCCUGGCGCUCUGCUUUGCUAGAGCAGGAUGUUCGCUCUUCAUCUAUCGCCUGACCAGAGCCAGGCGGCACACUAUGGCUUCGUUGGUCGUCUCUAUGGUGAUAGCAAUGUGGGGUUUCGCAUGCACCAUCAUCGUCGGCGUGGCCUGCAGCGACUUUGAUGACAUUGACGCCUUCCAUGUCUGUCUAAAACAGUCGGAACCUCAAUGGAUAGGCAUCUUUGCUUCUGGCUCAGUGACAGAGCUCAUGCUAUUGGCGUUGCCGAUAUACCUCGUCUGGAAUCUCCAUGCUCCGUUUUCCACAAAAUUCAUCGUCGUCACGGCAUUCUGGUUUCGGUUACCAAUUUCGGCCCUCGGUGGCCUCCGCCUCUGGAAUCUGAUGUCGGCCUUUGAUUCGCCCGACGUUACCUGGUCGCUGGUGAAAACGGCAGUCUACACCCAAGCUGAGAUGCAUCUAUGCAUUGUCUCCGCCACGAUCCCGUGCAUGCGGCCGUUUCUGCGCCUGUUCAACACGGGAUAUCUCUCGACGACGACCGGGCAGAUGGACCCUCACGACAUGUACAGGAAACGCGCUGCGGGCAAGCCCAGGAGUAGGUCAAACACUUUGUCCGAAAGCAUGAGCCGGUCGCGAUUCAGGGAUCGGGGGUUCAAGAGACAGGUGAAGAACCCAGAGAUGGAGCUGGGUCCGUUACGGCCAGAUCACGCAGAUACAAGGAAUCUCAUUGAGUGUCGCAAGCCUUCCACUGUUGUCGACGCCGAGUCGUUGAGGGAGCACGGGUCUGACCAGAUCAUGGUCCGGAGGACAGUCGACAUCCGCGUGUCCAUGGGGUGA